AAUCAACAAGUUUGCAAAGGAAACAGCAAUGCCCUCACGCUUUCAGGGCGUGGUGGUAAGCCAAAGAAUAGAAUCUGCACAGAAACCGGAUCUUUUUAAACAGGAAAUCCCAGGGAGGAGGAUUUGUAGUGUGCGCGCCUGUAAGAGAAAGAGAGAGGUUUAGCUUUUAAAAUUAGAAAGGAAAGCUUAUUUUUUAAAGCAAAGAGACAGAGAGAGUGUUUGCAAAACUGGUUCCAAGUUGCACUUUUUAACAAUUUCAUUAGUUGUAGCGUUUCCUGGAGGAGGGAGUGGGAGAGAGAGAGAGGAAACUUUGACUGAGACAGCCGUGCUCUGCAUGAGCUAGGCAGACCAGAGCAGGGAACAGAGGGUAUGAACGGGGUGCAGGACGAGCCCUCCGGGAGCCUAGUCUCUGGCAUCGAGGGGCUCCCACCGUUGCCCAAGGGUCUGAGCGGUAUCCUCAAUUCCAGCGGGGGGUCGUGGAGGGACGUGGAGAGGCUGUACGCCAAGAAGACCAUGAUCCAGGACGAGCUGAGCCGGCCCCGCCUGGCCACCGAGAACUUACUAAGGAACAAGCCGGCCAAUCUAGACGCGGCCCUGGCGUUGUUACGGAAGGAGAUGGUGGGCCUGCGACAGCUCGACAUGUCCCUCCUCUGCCAACUGUGGUCGCUGCACGAGUCCAUUCAGGAAUACAAGGGUCUGUACCAGGACCUGACCUCGUCCAUGCACUCCUACGUCUCGGAAAAUGCUGACUACGAUGAUGACGAUGAGUAUGAGGCCGAGCAGGAUUGCUCAGAUCGCUGCAAGGAUGAAGCAGUGCACAAGAGCCUCAAAGUGCCCCAGACGCAGAACUCGCGGGACAAGUGGUUGCAAGAUUCCUUCCACAUUACGAUAUAAACAGCAGGCACUUUCGGUGACACUGCUUCCCGGUUCUGCCUUUCCUUUUAUAAAAAUAUCCAUUCCCGGGAUAUGCGGUUCACCAGCAAGGUCAACAUUUUAUUGUCAUCCUGUGUGGAAAUGGCGGUGAGCUGAGAGACCCUGCUCCGUUAAGUAAGGAGAGCAGAUUUCAUUUGUGGUGGGGAUGUCAGGGGGACUUGGAAUGGCCUCAUGACUUCACAAAUCCUAGAGUGGGGCAGGUGGGGUUAGGGAUGAGAGGGGGGGAUUGGUAAAGUGGAGGAAGGAGGUGGAGAGAACAGGCAGGAAUGUCGUAUCUGGUCACUAUUGGAGCUGACCCCGUUGAUUGGGCGCACAGCCCCAUGCCAAUCAUGGCCUCCUUGUGCAUUACGAAUUUGGACUGACAAACUCGCAUUGGUCUUGACUCUCCUGUUGGCUCAAUUUGCUGCUCAGGAAAUUUUCGCAAAAGGUUGUUUCUUCAUUCUGAUGCUGUCUGCUAUAGACUUUUUUUAAAAUAUCUGCGGCCAUACCAAAAUCAGGGCAAACUGUGUCCGUUCAGAAUCAGGUUUCAAACUCCAGUGAGAGUCAGUGUGUGUGGGAGUCUGUACCCCAGUGAGAAUCAGUGAGCACGAGCUGUACCCCAGUGACUGUGUGUGUGUAUGUGUGUUUGUGCGAGCUGUACCCCAGUGAGAGUCCGCGUGUGUGUGUGGAACUUGUACCCAAGUAGGAGUCAGUUUGUGAUCCUGGAUUUCUGUCCUGUUCAUCUCUCGUAGCUGGCAAUAUAAUUUGCUGACAACGAAAUUGAGAUGUUUUUCACUUUGAGACAAAACUCACGUUCAUGUUAUAUGGUUAGAAUUCUGAAAUCCAUGUUGGAAGACAGCAGCUUUUAUAUAAUUUAUAUUUAGCAUUGCUUUAUUUUUCAGUUUAGUAGCAAGACACAUUAAGUUAUACAGUACAUGAUUUUAACACAUGACA